AUUCCGUCCGGAGCUACUGUUCGCAGUCGCAUUGCAGUGCAAGAAAGGGAGCGGUGCUUUCGACCGAAGGCGUAGUUUCGGGCUCACUCGCGUGGCAAUUCGUACGCGGUGCUGGAGUGCCCGCCGAGUCCGAGGCUCUCCGAGCCGACGGACGACUCAUUGACUCGCUCGCCUCUCGUUCGCUCGUGCAGCGCGAUGCAUGCAAUGUCGCAGUGUGGCAUUGGGAUCUCGGGGGAUCUCGCGCUUUGUUUGUUUGCUCGCCGAGUCCGAGGCUAGGUCCGCCGCCCUGAGAUGAGUGCGUUCGGCGUCGUCGAGUGUGAUCCAAUCGCCAGAAUAAUGUAAAGAAUUGGGCAGAAGAUCUGGGCUGCGCAUCGGAGGCAGACGGCGGGUGAGUGAGUGAGUGAGUGAGUGUGGAGUAGAAAGGACUCGCUUGUGAUUGUGCUUCCGCCGUUGAGAUUUCGGGCCUCGUGGUCGUGAGAGAGGGACAUGGAUGUGUGUGUCCGCACACAGGCCGCUCUUCUUCUCGAUCACGUGCCCAUUCUCCGCUUCUUCUCUUGCUGAAAUCCCCGCCCUUACUUCCUUCCCCCCCUGCCCCGAGGGCCCCUCCCUGCUCUUCCACAGGUUCUUGUGCCUCUCCUUCCUCCGCCGAGUCCAUCGGUGGAAGAAGUCGUGGCGGGGGGGCCAUCAAGAAGUGAGAAACUGGUGCUGGCUUUGUUUUGUUUUGUUGGGUCGGUAAGGGCGGUCAAUUCGCUCGGUCCGCGGACAGGAAGAGGUUGGUGCACGGCUUGUACCACCUGGCUGAUGUGACUUGCCUUUGCAGGGGACGGGACGGGAUCGAUUGGUGAAGAGUGGGAGGAAUUGUGGCCUCCUUGCUUUUUCCAUGAUCUGUUCCGUGUACAUGACUGGACCGGUGGAUGACACGGUUGAGGCAAUUGGUGUUCGAUUGGCUGUUGCGUAGAGAGAGGUUGGUGCGAAGUAUCGAGUAGUGGAGGAAGACCGAGUGGGGGAGGAUGAGAAGUGAAGGGAACGGAGGCAGGAAAAGGAAAAUUUGCCGGUGUUACUGGAAGAUGCCCGCCUACGCUCAGAGGGAUGAGCGAUCAUGCGAAGAGUGCUUGCUGCCUCGGCUGGACAUGCUGAGGGCUUUGAAUUGACAAACAGGCCAUUGGCCGGCCUGGCCCGGCCUGAGGAUUAUUGCUAUUGAUCCUCCCUGUGUAGGCUAGAAGAGGGUACGGGUGUGUUUUGAAAUGGAUUGCAGAUCGGGGAUUGCGAGAAGACUGUGCAGUGGGAAACGGACGUUUCGAGGAUCGUCGAUGGGGUUGAUAAUUCGGUUUGUCCUUGUGCUGGGCAUUGCUUGUAUACUUUUGCCGAGCCGUUGUGGGGCUCAGGCGGGUUUGGACAAUUUCGAUGUCAAUCUUGAUGGAGAUAGACUACCUGAAAGAAAUGGGACUCAGAGUGGAGAGCCACCAAAGGCUUCCAAGGACAGCAGCAUUGCUGAGGUUUUUGAACGCGUCUUAGACAAGGAAUUUCCUGACAAGGAUCCUCAAGAAGGAACCGAGGGAGAAGUAGGGAGCAGCUUCAACAGCAGUGUUGCUGAUCAGCAGGCUGUGUUGGAGACUGUAGCGAGGGUGACGCAUGACAAGCCCAAGAAGAACGAGACAGAAGAGGAGCAUGAAAAAUCGAAAUCAUUCCAACUCGGAGACCUCAUAAAUCUCGAAGAAAGCGGUUCUGAGGAGUUGCCCACUCUCAUCGAUAAAAAGGAUAAUGUAUUUGUUAUGUCAAAUCCCAGAUCUGGUUAUAUGGUUCUUCAGCAAGAUUUGAGAUUCAUAUCGGACCUGGUGGUGGUCAUCGUCUCGGCCGCAGUGGGUGGUAUCAUUUUCGCCUCCCUUGGGCAGCCUGUAAUCACCGGGUACUUAUUGGCUGGAUCUGCCAUAGGACCUGGAGGCUUCAGUUUUGUCAGUGAGCUGGUUCAGGUGGAAACUCUUGCACAAUUUGGUGUUGUGUUCUUGCUUUUUGCACUUGGCUUGGAAUUCUCUAUGGCAAAGCUGCGAGUCGUUCGAUCCGUUGCAAUAUUCGGCGGUCUCCUUCAAAUUCUCCUGUUCAUGGGCCUUUGCGGUAUUACGGCGGCGUUUUGUGGAGCUAAGCUUUCAGAAGGUGUAUUCGUAGGGGCUUUCCUGUCUAUGUCUUCAACAGCAGUGGUUCUAAAGUUUAUCGGAGACAAGAGUACAGUUAAUUCCCUGCACGGCCAGAUCACUGUCGGCACACUUAUCCUUCAGGAUUGUGCUGUGGGUCUGCUUUUUGCUCUCCUGCCGGUACUAGGAGGAGAGAAUGGGAUAUUACAAGGUUUAUUUUCCAUGACUCGAGAACUGGUCAUGCUGGGAGCCUUCAUCACUAUUGCUGUUUUGUUGUCACGGUCUUUUGUUCCCCAGUUUUUCAAGUUAAUGAUGAAAUUAUCGGUUCAAACGAAUGAACUUUACCAACUAGGAGCCGUCGCUUUUUGUCUUUUAGUAGCAUGGUGCAGUGACAAGGCUGGGCUCAGUCUAGAGCUGGGUGCAUUUGUGGCGGGAGUGAUGAUAUCUUCCACUGAUUAUUCGCAGCACACACUCGAACAGGUGGAACCUAUUCGGAACCUGUUUUCAGCGCUCUUCCUGUCAAGCAUAGGAAUGCUUAUAAAUGUCCAAUUUUUAUGGUCCCAUAUGGAUAUUCUUCUGGCGUCUUUGAUUCUUGUCAUUACAGCGAAAACAAUUGUCGUCACCAUGGUCGUCAGAAGCUUCGGUUAUAGCAUGAAGACGGCAUUCUUUGUUGGCAUGUCCCUGGCUCAGAUAGGGGAGUUCGCUUUUGUGUUGCUCAGCCGAGCGUCCAAUCUUCACCUUGUCCAGAAUAAGCUGUAUCUGCUGCUGUUGGGCACCACCGCCCUCAGUCUGGUUACCACGCCUUUGCUAUUCAAAGCUAUACCAAUAAUUAUGCAACUUGGGACAGUAAUGCAUUGGUUUCCUGCUGAGGGUGAGGUGACUGGUAAAGGCGAGAAUCGUCAGGCAAACAGCGAACGGGAACCAUUAUGGUCAGGUCAGUCGGUCAGGAGCGGGAUGACUAACGGGAACGGUGCUCAACAUUUUUUACCACUGUAAAAGCGGACGCCCACAAAAUCUCGUGUGAUCGCACUGUAUGUGACAUAUCGCCCGGAAAAUUGAAAUCGGGCAUGUAUCGCAGAAUCUGAUUUAGCUCAGAUAUUUUUUUCAGCUACCACCCUUUAGUAAAGUUGAAGUGAUGGCCUAACGUGCUAAAAGAAAGGAAUGCUGAAGGUGUGUGUGGAGUGAAGUUGAAUGCGUGGUCACCUUCUAGAUGAAAGGUUUAUUUUUUACCUUGAGCAUUCUCUUAUAUCUGGUGUCCUGGUUAUGCUUGCUGGAAAUAUAUACCGCACGCUCGCUGAGUACCUAUAACCGAUUUCCAUACAUUUCAAUUUUCAAUGCGUUCAAUACUUGUGAAAGGACAUGAAGGUGUUUCAGUUUCCGUGAGCCUCGGAAAACCUGGUGGAGAGUAAAUGAGUUGUAAGCUGUCUGUCUUGAACUUGACAGACGACCGCCGCAGGGAGAAACCUAAUUGUAGUAAGCUGAAAUGGAAACUAGAACGUGUGUGGCACACCUUCUCCUAGUGAACAUACUUGGACCAGUGGCGAGAAGCAAAGGGAAUUAUAGUCGGGAAGGCAGUGUUUUAGCCCAGUAAUGCAGGCGUGGAUAUGUCUACAUGAUGGCUAUAUUUCAUGUCCAUUGCAGACAAUUCUCCUAACUUCAGCUGAAGAGGAAGAAUAGGUGCAGGUUAUAACUAUAUCCUUAUUGGAUUCGGGCAAGAUCUUCUCCAACAUGUAAAGCUAAGGUCUCAAUCGUAAGGUGGGCUAUCUGGGGUGAAAUGGAGAUGAUUUAUUUAUAUUCUUGAUCUGCGCUCGGUGAAACCGGGUAGCGGUAACGGGAAACUUUAGUCUGUUUGUUUGAUUAUUAAGAACGUUCAAGUUAUAUUCCAUGAGCACCAAAUGUAACAUUCUAUGGGGCAAUCAAACAGGAGAUAAAUCGAGAGACGGUUUCAA